CUGAUCUGAUGAAGCUUGUAGUUUGCAUUUCUUGCAUCGGAAACGAAACAGACUAUUUCUGCAUGGCAAUGUUGUGAGUAAACACGUAGUAUACUGCAUAGUUACCAAAGAAGAGGUUUCCAUAUCUAGAGUCAAGAGAACAUAUUUUGACAGCGGGCGAGGGGCAAUCUGGGUUCGGUACACGGGCAUGGCAGCGGCAACUGUCGAGAAUGAUCCGACGGCGAGCGAAGGCAGUGCUGCAGCAUUCUCCGAGGUCCACAACCCUAUCUGGAGCGAAUCUCAACUUCGAAAGUAUCCUUUCCAGACUAGACCGAUACCCAGACUCUCUCACACGGAUCCUAGAGCGGAGAUGCUGAUAAACAACGAGGAACCAGUGGUUUUAACAGACACCAAUCUAGUGUAUCCGGCUCUCAAGUGGGACAUCCCGUACCUGCAGGACAACAUUGGGAGCGGGGACUUCUCUGUGUACAUCGCGGAAAACCACAAAUUCCUCUACUAUGAUGAGAAGAAAAUGGCCAACUUUGAGAACUUUACACCCAAGUCUCGACGGAUAGACAUGAAAUUCUCUGAUUUUGUGGAGAAAAUGCAUAAAACACAGGAAGAGGGAGGAGAUGUGAGGGUGUACCUGCAGCAGACCCUGAACGACACCGUUGGCAGGAAGAUUGUGGUGGACUUCCUGGGUUUCAACUGGAACUGGAUCAACAAGCAGCAGAGCAAGAGGAACUGGGGCCAGCUCACCUCCAACCUGCUGCUCAUAGGCAUGGAGGGCAAUGUGACGCCAGCCCAUUACGAUGAGCAGCAGAACUUCUUUGCACAAAUUAAAGGUUACAAAAGGUGUAUCCUGUUCCCUCCGGACCAGUUUGAGUGUCUCUACCCCUUCCCUGUUCACCACCCCUGUGACAGACAGAGCCAGGUUGACUUUGAGAACCCUGACUAUGAGAGGUUUCCCAACUUCAAGAAUGUAGUGGGCUAUGAGACUGUGGUGGGCCCCGGAGAUGUUCUUUUCAUCCCCAUGUACUGGUGGCACCACAUUGAGUCCCUGCUGAGUGGUGGAGUGACCAUCACUCUCAACUUCUGGUACAAGGUACACUACAUGACCAAAAGGUGCGCCAACGCCCAAGAGGAUAGAAAACCCAUUGAGCGCCCAUCAGAAGGUGGCCAUCAUGAGAAACAUAGAGAAGAUGCUGGGGGAGGCACUGGGAGACCCACACGAGGUUGGUCCUUUACUGAAUAUGAUGAUCCAGGGCCGAUAUGACCAGGGAUUCAGCUAGAGGUACUGCCUCAGAACUGUUGCCAAACUGCUGCUUGUGUGUGUGCGUGCGUGUGCGUUCAGUACACAUGCCUGAUUGUGUGUAUGUAGGCGAGGAUGUGUGUGCAGACACGUGUGUGCGCAUUUGGACUGUCAAGCUAGCAAUGCAUGGCAACACUGGGUCACCUUGAGAGACUUGGCCAAUCAGCCACUUUGGCUCUGCUUUGAUUGUCUGGGAACCAUAGUCAUCGCAACUUCAGCCACCAGUGGGAAGAUAAUAGUGGACAGACAGACCAGUCAUGGACACCCACAUGCAGUAUACUGUCAGAGAGUGAUACUCAGUUGAUGAACUGUGUAAACUACACAAUGUAGUGUUGUGGUAUUUGUGUGGGAGUCGAGCGAUAGGCAGCCGCUGUAGAAAAAAACCCUCAAGGUGAAAGUUGCCCCUAAUUAACCACUGAAGCAGGGUAAGAUAUUAUACAUUUUAUUAUCGCACCCAAUAGGAUUUGGGUUGGGAUAAUCUGAUCCUAGAUCUGUAGUUGGGGGAAAUUUCUACCUUGAGCACUUGAACCACUAAUUAGUGUGUGUUGGGCGAUUUGUUACAUUUGAGUCAUAACCAACCAGAAACUCCCAUCUUCUAUUCAACCCUGCCCCCUGCCAUUACAGUUUGUAACCAUAGCAACACAAAUGUAGCUUGAUUAUUAAAUCAAAAUAACCUCAGAUAUAUAAUAUACACUCACGGACAGUUUAUUAGGUACACCCAUCUAGUACCGGGUCAGACCCCCUUUGCUUCCAGAACAAUCUGAAUUAUUUGGGGCAUUCUACAAGGUGUCGGAAACGUUCCACAGGGAUGUUGGUCCAUGCUGACGAACUUCUAAAUGAAUUUGCUGCACAUGCACCCUGAAAGGGAUGACAGUCAUAUUUGUGUUAUUCUGUUGAUUUAAUCGUUGACUGUCAGUCAGUAAGCUGAUUUUGUCUGUAUGGUAUUAUGGUUUUUGGUAGCUAUCAGCAAAAACUAAUUGUAGAGUGUUUUAAAAACUAACACAGAAGGAGUGCUUGAUUGUGGGAUUGCCUGCACUUGAUUUAUUUUAUUGAAAUGAUUGCAUUUUUGUACAUUCAGGCAUAACUGAUUUUCUGUCUUUUUUUCUUUUCUUUUUUUUUUUUACAAUAUAUGUUACAUUUAAGACACGAUUGAGGAUGGGCUAAAAAGUAUUUUAACUUAUUUCAAUUGCAACUGAAAAGUAAAAUAAGAAUAUAACAAACGUGUGUGCAUGCAACCAUACUCAGUAUGUGACAGUAUAGUUGAAUGAUGGUUGUUAUUGUGCCAUUGUCAAGUGUUUCUAGUGAACACUUCACUUCAACAGGUGCAGUUUAGAGCACAGGACUGAUUUUAAAGAACAUAUUGCAUGCAUCCCAAAUCACACCCUUUUCCCUGUGGGUCAUGGUCAAAAGAAGUGCACUUUAAAGGGAAUAGUGUGCCAUUUGGGACUUAGUCCUAGUGCUGUGUGUCAAACCAAGUGUGUCCUUCAGGGUUGGGGCUAUUUCCAUUUCAAUUCUGUCAAUUCAGGAAGUAAACUAUUCUAAUUCCAAUUUUCAUAAAUGAUUGUCUAUGAGGAAAAUGUAGAGUUGGAAUUUGAACCAUGGUGUCAUAGAACCAUUAAGGUGGUUUCAAGUUAAUGGGAGUAAAUAAGACUGGCAAUUAACAUAAACACCUUUAGCAUCUCCAGGCCUCUCCUUUGGCACAUCUACAUUUAAAAAAGUAUAAUAAAUCAUUUUAAUAUACACAAUAUAGCCAUUGUUUAUUUUAGUCAGGUCUAAAGAAACAUUAUGGUAUGAAGAAAAUGUUUUUCCGAAGAACAGAAUAUGAGUUGGCCUAAUGUAUGUGAUCUGGCUAUGCGCCAUGCCAUAGGCUGUAGGAUUGUUCAUUUAGCAGACAAAAUAUGCUUAUAAGUGCCGUGCCAUUUUAUAGUAAGAAGAAUAUAAUUGAUCUUAGCUGAAUAAAAUAGAAAGGAUAUAUUUCUGAUUUCGGAGCGAAUGCGCAUAGCUAUGUUCAGCGUAAAAGGGAUCAUUUGAAACAGCUCCUACAGUUGAAGUUGGAAGUUUACAUACACCUUAGCCAAAUACAUUUAAACUCAGUUUUUCACAA